AUGUCGGGCCGGUCGGUGCGGGCCGAGACCCGGAGCCGGGCGAAGGAUGAUAUCAAGCGGGUGAUGGCGGCCAUCGAGAAAGUGCGCAAAUGGGAGAAGAAGUGGGUGACAGUUGGCGACACAUCCCUAAGGAUUUACAAAUGGGUACCAGUAACAGAGCCUAAAGUGGAUGAUAAAAAUAAGAAUAAGAAAAAGGGCAAAGAUGAAAAAUGUGGCUCUGAAGUGACCACUCCAGAGAACAGCUCCUCCCCAGGGAUGAUGGACAUGCAUGAUGACAAUAGCAACCAGAGUUCAAUAGCUGAUGCUUCUCCAAUAAAACAGGAGAACAGCAGUAAUUCCAGUCCAGCACCAGAGCAGAACUUGGCAACACAAGCAGACAGCACUGAAGUCAAGUCUGACGAAACUCAGGCAGAGGCAAAGGAGCAGCCUGGUUCAGAAGAUACCUCUGAUGAACAGAAUUCACAGUCUUCAAUGGAAAAUUCCAUGAAUAGUUCAGAGAAAGCAGAAAUUCAGUCCUCUGGAGAAAAUGAUUUAAUUACAGAGGCAUCUAAAAACUCUCAGGACUCUGAAGGAGUGCCACCUUCUAAAAAGAUGAAAGUAGAGGCUUCCCAACAAAAUGUUGAAGAGAUUUAGACUAUAGAUUUUUCUGGUCAGUUUUUAUGUAAGGUACAUCAGUGGGCUUAAUUAUAGAACAACCUUACUUAAGCAUCUUCUCUUGGAUGAGGACAGAACUCCUAACUUUUCAAGUUACCAAGCAAAAGUCCAAGAAAGCCUAACAAAGGUUUAACUUCUCAGACACUGAAAACUUUUUCCUGUGAAACAUUGAGAACUUUUAAGUUACUGUCUCUGAAAUGGUUGGAGUAAACAACUCAGGAGGGGUCUACGCACUGUUUCUAAAGUCAAAAUUACAAUUAUGUUGCUGCUGUAUUUUUUUUUUUCAUUUCUCUAUUUAACAUUGUAAGAUAUUUAAGGAUGGUACAGGUCAGGUAUUAGCUUUCAUGUGAAGUUCAUUGUUCUGGCGUGAUGUCUGCUUUUGUUUUGUGCCUUGUGUUCUGAAAACAGUGCUAACUUUUAAAAGUU